GCUGUCCUCUUGUGCCCUCAGUAGUGAGCACCUCACUCCGGUGGUCCGACCUCCUUUCAGUGGAGGGAAAGCACCGGAAGGCGCCUUUUUCGCUCUGGUUUAUCCUUUUACACUUCCCUCCCUUUUCCCACUUCCUCCCCAUCCAUGGCAUCCGCGGCGCUCGCCGCCGUCGCCGUUGCUGUGGCCGCCCUCGCCGCGUCGGCGUCGGCGGCCGUCACCUACGACCGCAAGGCCGUGGUGGUGAACGGCCAGCGCCGGAUCCUACUCUCCGGCUCCAUCCACUACCCCAGGAGCGUCCCCGAGAUAUGGCCGGAUCUGAUACAGAAGGCCAAGGACGGCGGCCUCGACGUGGUGCAGACGUACGUGUUCUGGAACGGCCAUGAGCCCUCCCCUGGCCAGUACUACUUCGAGGGGAGGUAUGAUCUGGUGCACUUCAUCAAGCUGGUGAAGCAGGCCGGACUCUACGUGCACCUCCGCAUUGGCCCCUACGUCUGCGCUGAGUGGAAUUUCGGUGGUUUCCCUGUUUGGCUGAAGUAUGUCCCCGGCAUCAGCUUUAGGACUGAUAAUGAGCCGUUCAAGUCUGAGAUGCAGAAGUUCACCACGAAGAUCGUUGGCAUGAUGAAGUCCGAAGGGCUCUUUGAAUGGCAAGGAGGGCCUAUAAUUCUGUCGCAGAUUGAGAAUGAGUUUGGGCCCUUGGAGUGGGAUCAGGGUGAGCCCGCUAAGGCCUACGCGUCAUGGGCAGCUAACAUGGCACUUGCGCUCAACACGGGUGUUCCAUGGAUUAUGUGCAAAGAAGAUGACGCCCCUGAUCCAAUUAUUAAUACAUGCAACGGAUUUUAUUGUGACUGGUUCUCCCCCAAUAAACUGUACAAGCCUACCAUGUGGACUGAGGCUUGGACAGCUUGGUAUACAGGCUUUGGUAUUCCUGUUCCACAUAGGCCAGUGGAGGAUCUAGCAUAUGGUGUUGCCAAGUUUAUUCAGAAGGGUGGCUCUUUUGUUAAUUAUUACAUGUAUCAUGGAGGAACAAACUUUGGGCGCACAGCUGGUGGUCCAUUCAUUGCAACUAGUUAUGACUACGACGCUCCUAUUGAUGAAUAUGGCUUGUUGAGAGAACCAAAAUGGGGCCACUUAAAGGAGUUGCAUAAAGCUAUCAAGCUUUGCGAACCAGCCUUGGUUGCAGGAGACCCCAUUGUAACGUCACUUGGAAACGCUCAGCAGUCAUCUGUUUUUAGAUCAAGCACCGGAGCUUGUGUGGCUUUCCUUGAGAACAAGGACAAAGUAUCUUAUGGAAGGGUAGCAUUCAACGGAAUGCAUUAUGAUCUGCCUCCCUGGUCCAUAAGUAUUCUCCCAGACUGCAAAACAACAGUCUUCAACACGGCUAGGGUUGGAAGUCAAAUUUCACAAAUGAAAAUGGAAUGGGCUGGAGGAUUCACGUGGCAAUCAUAUAAUGAGGACAUAAAUUCCUUGGGUGAAGAAUCAUUUACAACAGUAGGGUUACUGGAACAGAUAAAUGUGACAAGGGAUAACACAGACUACUUAUGGUAUACAACAUAUGUCGAUGUUGCUCAGGAUGAGCAGUUCCUCAGUAAUGGGAAGAAUCCGAAGCUCACUGUUAUGUCGGCCGGUCAUGCUUUGCAUGUUUUCAUUAAUGGACAACUAUCAGGUAAAGCAAACGACUCUCUCUCUCUCUCUCUGCACUUGUGCCAAUUGAGCUUCAAUUUGCUCCCCAUUUCAUUGGCAGGAACUGUAUAUGGAAGUGUAGACAAUCCAAAAUUGACGUAUACUGGAAAUGUGAAACUUUGGGCAGGCAGCAACACCAUUUCCUGCUUAAGCAUAUCAGUUGGUCUCCCGAAUGUUGGAGAACAUUUUGAGACUUGGAAUGCUGGAAUUCUUGGUCCAGUAACACUGGAUGACCUGAAUGAAGGAAGAAGAGAUCUCACAUGGCAGAAAUGGACCUAUCAGGUUGGUCUGAAAGGUGAGGCUUUGAGUCUUCAUUCACUUAGUGGAAGCUCAUCGGUAGAGUGGGGAGAACCCAUGCAGAAGCAGCCUCUGACAUGGUACAAGGCUUUUUUCAAUGCGCCAGACGGUGAUGAGCCAUUAGCUUUGGAUAUGAGUAGCAUGGGUAAAGGGCAAAUCUGGAUAAAUGGACAAGGUAUUGGGCGGUAUUGGCCUGGCUACAAAGCCUCUGGAACUUGUGGAAGCUGUGAUUACCGUGGAGAAUAUGACGAUAAAAAGUGCCAAACCAACUGUGGUGACUCUUCCCAGAGAUGGUACCACGUUCCUCGUUCAUGGCUUAAUCCGACAGGGAACCUUUUGGUUAUAUUUGAGGAGUGGGGUGGUGAUCCUACUGGGAUCUCAAUGGUGAAAAGAACCACUGGAAGUAUCUGUGCUGAUGUCUCUGAAUGGCAGCCAUCAAUGAAGAACUGGCGUACAAAAGACUACGAGAAAGCCAAGAUCCACCUCCAAUGUGAUCAUGGACGGAAGAUAACUGAUAUAAAAUUUGCCAGCUUUGGCACGCCACAGGGUUCCUGUGGGAGCUACUCUGAAGGAGGUUGCCAUGCACACAAGUCAUACGACAUAUUUUGGAAGAACUGCAUUGGUCAAGAGCGCUGUGGGGUGAGCGUGGUUCCAGAUGUAUUUGGUGGAGAUCCAUGCCCUGGGACAAUGAAAAGGGUAGCAGUUGAGGCUAUAUGCAGUUGAAUCACAAACAAAGAAAGAUCCCACUUGAUCACUACGUCCAAUGUGUCAUAAUCCAUACAAAGCUACUGGUUUUGCCCUAUCAACCUUCUGGCAAGAGGUGAAAGUCACUGCAACGGUGACGCACCGGCGGUCAGAAGUUACAGGAAUUACUUGUAUGUUAGAUUGAAGCAUCAAUGUAUGUAUGUACAUUAGCCUACAUAUAAUUUGUAGGGAAGAAAUGCUUAGGACUCUGUAGGUGUGAGAAAUUAAGGGUUGUGCGGCCCUCUGGACACAAGAUUGGUUUGGUUGGGGGAGUGCGCAGAUGAGACUCUGCUUAUACCUGAGUCCAUAUGUGCAACGGCUAUUGGGUUGGAGGCCGAGAAGAAGCAAAUCAUUGGUUUUGCAUUUUCUGAUUAUUCAUUGUUUACUCAUUGGAAGGGGCAAUGUGGUGUUCAUGGUUUAUCAUUCAUGUAUUAUUGUCCUAUUAAUCAAGCAGCAAGGAAGACACCAGUUCAGAUUAUAAAUAAGAAUUGAUUUAUGAACUCUUUA